AUGGCCAGGUACCUCUGUACCUUGUACCUCGACGCGUCCAAACGCGUCUUGUCAGAUUUAAGCACGUCCACCCCGCGCCCCACAAUGAGAUCACUGCAGGGGCGCGCCAAGACUCGUCCAGGUCCCUGCAGCCCAGCUUUAAGAGAUUCGCUCAAGGAGAGCAGCUCUCUCUAUGUAUUUAAUACAUACUCUGUACCUAGAUACAAAUACAUUUUGUUGGGUGAACCUCCAGCACAAGUCAACAAGCCGACCGACACCCAUCACAAAAUGGCAGAACCACCAAUACCCCUCCCAGACGACGCCAAUCCAGCCGACAUCAAAUCCCAAGUCCUCCAACUAACCCUCACCUCGAUCCAGUCCUCCGACAGCGACGAAAACCCCUGCGUCAUCUGCCUCGAAACCAUCACCUCCCCCUCGACCGCCCUCCCAUGCGGCCACUCCAACUAUGACUUCCUCUGCCUCGCCAGCUGGCUUCAGCAACGGCCCUUUUGUCCCCUAUGCAAAACAGGCGUCACCCAAGUCCGGUAUACCGACGCCGACACCCAAAACGAACACCUCUACAACGUCCCACCCCUAGCACCCACACCAGAACAACCUGCCCGGCAGACAGUCUCACGAGCGGCCAACCCGGCAGACGUUCUCCAAUUGGGCCCAUUGGAUUUCGAGAGAUAUCUUUUCGGAGACGUCACCUCUAUCCAAGUCCCCCCAGUCCGGCGCAACCUUCGCCGAAGACAGAGCAACCAUCAGCCACCACCACCACCCAGCACCCCCGACCAAGCCCUCCAACGACGCCAGCACAUCUACCGGCACAACUCUUCUCUCUGCGUCCCCCCCCCCCCCCCUUUCUAUACCUACCCCACUAAAACACUACCCUAG